AUGCUUAAAUCCCUUACCGCUGUGCUUGUGGGGCUUGCUGGGUCCGUCCUCGGGACCCAGCCGAACGCACCAGAUCCCAUUCCCGCACCCUUGCGAAACCUGACAUGGGGCCAGUUGAACUUCCUUCACACGACAGAUACUCAUGGCUGGCUAGCAGGGCAUUUGAAUGAGGCUCAAUACGGUGCAGACUGGGGAGACUAUGUGUCGUUCGCGGCCCAUAUGCGGAAGAAGGCCGAGGCGGCCGGAACAGACCUCCUACUUAUUGAUACAGGAGAUAGAAUAGAAGGAAAUGGGUUGUAUGACGCGUCAGACCCGAAGGGGCGAUAUACUGCAGAUAUAUUCAAGUCUCAAGACAUUGACGUUCUGUGUUCUGGGAACCACGAACUCUACAAACGACAGUCCUCCGAGGACGAAUAUUUCAUCACCGUUCCCAAUUUUAAAGGACACUACAUCUCCUCAAAUAUCGACAUAAUUGAUCCAAGGACUGGUGAUAUUGUACCAUUGGCUCCCAGGUUCAAGAAGUUCACCACACAAAUGCAAGGAAUCCGAAUUGUAGCAUUUGGAUUCCUUUUCAAUUUCAAAGAUAAUUUUAACAAUACCGUUGUGCAGCCUGUGGAAGAGACUGUCAAACAGGAAUGGUUCCAUGAAGCCAUCCAGGAUAAAGAGGUAGAUCUCUUUCUAGUCAUCGGACAUGUCCCCGUUCAGUCAAAGGAAUAUGACACCAUUUUCAAAGCAAUUCGAGGUGCUAACUGGGAUGUACCAAUUCAAUUUUUCGGAGGACACUUCCACAUUCGAGAUUAUGUCAAAUACGAUGAAAAAUCAUACGGCUUAGCGAGUGGUCGCUUCAUGGAAACAAUCGGCUUCAUGUCAAUCAGCGGUCUCUCGGCUGGAGGCAAAAGGUCUUCUGAAUCUUUAUCAUUCAACCGAAGAUAUAUAGAUAACAAUCUUUGGUCAUUCCACUAUCACUCGAGCCAUAACGAAACGACUUUUCCCACGGAAAAGGGAAAUGCCGUCUCUGAAAUGAUCUUGAAAGCCCGCCGUGCUCUCAACCUUGACAGGAUCUACGGCUGCAGCCCCGAAAAUCUGUGGAUGUCUCGAGCUAAGUAUCCUUCGCAAAGCAGUAUAUACACAUGGCUAGAGGAGAAAGUACUCCCGGACACUCUCCGUGGCGACAGACCAGCAAUGGCCAUUCUGAACACUGGAGCCAUUCGGUUCGACUUGUUUAAGGGGAGAGUCACCGAAGAGUCAGCCUACAACCUAUCACCUUUUACGGGGGGUUUUCGCUUCACCAAAAAUGUGCCUUAUGACAAAUCUAUCAAAAUCUUAGAAGUCUUGAAUAAGGCACCGCGCAUUUUCUCUCAACAACCAGGCGUUCCAUCCUCAGCUUUACUCGUUUCACCUGAACAAUUGGCUACUUCCGGUGACAUUAAAAGUCCAUUACGACAUAAUCAGGUCCCUUUUGAAGUUUCAGACUUUUCAUCUCAUGAAAUGGAUUUAAUACCCGGUUACACAACUCAGGACGCCGCCGGAAAUGAUGGAGACGACACAAUACACUCUCCAAUAUGUUUCUACCGCUUGCCGAAUUGUAUACAAGCGUUCAUUCCCGUGGUAAAGGAAGAGAAGCGUACUGUGAAGCCCGAUACCGUGGAUCUAGUAUACUUGGAGUUCAUCGAGCCGUUUAUCGAUGUAGCAGCCAAAUUUGUCGGGUUGGAUUUUGAUGUCAAGAGGGACACGGCGGAAUACAAACCUGGCUCGAGCCUAAGAUCGAUUAUUGUUGACUGGGUCGAGCACAAUUGGAAGUGUGAAGGAUGA